AUGCAUCCAAAUCUCGUGCCACCGCUGGAUGUUCACGAGGAGGAGUUGAAACUUCGAAGAGAACUUGUGAGACAACGUCCUCUCAUCAAGUUAAACGCGGUGCUCUUUUUCGGAGAGGGGGCACGAUCAGCGCGUGGGUGCGGCGUGGAUGGAGCUGGUGCUCUUUGGAGCUGCCCCGGAAAGCUCCGGCCAAGGCACAUCCCACAAUUCAUCAUAGUCACAGGCCACAAACAACGCCAUCGAGGCAACAUGGGCAUCAAUGGAUUUUAUCAGCGGUUUGACCAGGACUUUCACGGGCGACCUGUUUACCAGAAGAUCAUGGAGAGGCGUCAAGUAAAACGUUCCCUGGUGACAGAGACUGGCGAUUUGGUGUCUCGUCCAGAGGACAAUUUCAUUCGCAUGUGGAAACCUCGGUCCCAAGAGGCCUUGGUGCUGAGCAGGCGUUUUCAAACGGUGUGCGAAGUGCCCACCGAGGAUGCGGAUGAUGUGAUGGUCUAUCCCAAGCUGCUUCCGUCCAAAGAAGUUUGGUUCCUUUUCUUCGAUGACCGUCGGGGCGCUUGGUGCAUCGGUCCGGCGAUUGGAGCCAUUGAGAUCUACGCCAAAUGCUUUACGGUCGAAGAGGCGAUCCCCUGCAAUCUGGGGGAGUGGCAAGUCUGGGAUAUUGGCAAGAAGGAGUGGUACACCAACAAGGGCAUCCGACUCAUCAAAGUGGGCUGA